AUGUCGCUGCGUGCAAACCUUCCCGAAGCGCUGAAAAGAGACAUUAAAGCCGACUUUGCCUACUCACAUCAUACCUGCGGUUUCAUUCUCUCAGACCUUUCCAAAAUUCCCAAGCUCAGACCACAUGUCUUCGGUUCCCCGAACUCGCACUGGCUGUCAGAGCUGUCGUGUAAGGCAUCUGAAAUGUCAGUGACGAACAGCGACCCUCAUGCACUCGGUGUGCAAAGAGUGGCAUUGAAUGUCGUUGCUAACGUCAAAGGUUCUGGAAUUGGGAAAUGUGACUACGACUUCUCCAAAACCCAGCCGUGGUGUAAAAUUACGCAUAGCCUCAACUAUGUCGACGAAACUCCCGAACUUCGAAACAUUUACGACCAUGAUCAAGACGCGGACGACAACAGAGUCGUCACUCCCCCUGGAUGGAGAGACCACGCCACCUUAGACUCCACCGACGACACAGCCGUCCGAUCCCUGUCGCAAUCCGUCGCAGUACGACCAUGUCCAGAAACCCGUCAGAGGGUCAGCGAGGCCGGAUCGUCUCCUAAGCGUUGCAGACUCGAGACGCCACACCGUGCGGAACCGUCGCACAAAUCUCCCGGUCAGGAGAGCAGUUUCUUCAACCGGACCGCCACCAGGCUGAGGUCUGAGUCUUCACAAGUCGCGCCAUCAGACAUUGCCAGUCUCCAUCUCAGCCCUCGCGAUGGCUUCGCACCGCUAGAGCCUGCAUCUUCGCUGGCGAGUAACUUUGCCACAGAGUUCCCCUCCAUCUCAAGCAAUGCCACGGCGUUGUCGCAUUUAUACUUGGACACGCCAAUAUGGCCUCUAGAAAAGAAGGAAGAGGCUGUUUUGCUGCGCUAUUUUGUCGACAACCUGGCUUCCUCUUUCGACCUUUGCGAUCCGGAUCGGCAUUUUCAACUCGUCGUGCCGCACAGAGCGGCGGUUUGUCCGCCUUUGAUGAACGCCAUACUGGCCGUGGCAGCGAGGCAUUGGAGCAGAGUCGGAGAGUACGAUCCAUACGUCGCCGAAAGGUACCACUCGGAAUGCUUAAAGCAUCUGAUUCCGAUGCUGGAUGAAACGGCGGCUUUGAUGGACGAGAACCUGCUCGCGGCCACAGUGAUGUUGCGUUUUUUGGAGGAGAUUGAUAUCCCGGUGUCUGGGGACGAGUCUCAAAGCCACCUUCUGGGGACGCAGGUGUUCCUAACGGCACAAGAACGGUCGACUGUAUACGGUGGAUUAAGGCAAGCUGCGUUCUGGGUAGGGCUCCGGCAAGAGAUAUACAUGGCGUUUGUCAACCAGCGAACAAUCAUCCCGGCUCUGGAGCACUGCAGCAUAGAUCGGACGUUUGACACAGCCAGCGACUGUGUGUGGGCGAAUCGGAUCGUGACGCACUGUGCGGACGUGCUGCGGUAUUGUUUCGGUGAUGGAGAGCAAACCGUGGCCAACUACAACAGACUGUUGGACUACUGUGACGGAUGGUUCAUGUUCAAGCCCCCGUCGUUUUCGCCCAUUUUUUACCGAGUGCCUGACGGGGUGAAGGUUAUCUUCCCAGAGAUCUGGCUUCUGAGCGACGCUGUGACAACGGGGUUGCAACAUUACCAUCUUGCAAAGAUCCUUCUCACGGCACAUAACCCCAGAGUCCCCCGGCUGGGCCCCGGGCAGAAGCUCGCACUCACGAGGAUAGAUGAACAAAUCAAGGAAGACGUCCGGGCGCUAUGCGGCAUGGCCAAUUCGAACUCGGGCUGUCCCCCAAACUACGUAACUGCGUCCAUGGCCAUCGCACUCGCCGGAGAGAGAUUCACAGACGCAGCAGAACAAAAGGCCCUUAUGGAAGUACUCGGCGUUUGCGAGAGGAUGCACGCGUGGCCGACGCGAGUUGCGUGA